AACUCUUAGUAGUGCUGUCGAAGUGUCACACUGGCCCAAUAAAGGAAGAGGACUGAUUGCAACUAGAGAUAUCAAACCAGGUGAGGUACUGUGUCUGGAAAGGGCAUAUGCAGUUGGUCUUGGUAAAGGCCAGUUGACUACAAAUUGCUCCACUUGUACUCGCGAGUGUGUGAAUCCUCUUCCUUGUCCUGGCUGCACCCAGGUUGUGUUUUGUAGCAAAUCCUGCCGUGUUAGAGGUCUUUCAGAAGACCACUGGCUUGAGUGCAAGAUUUUGACCUCUGUGCUUGCCCAUCAUUUAGAGUCUAGGGCAUGCGCCUAUAAAUUAUUGAAAACAUUUAACUGCAGUCAGAUGAUAUCUAUCUGCAAUAAGCUCAAGGAUGAUCAACCAUCACUCCCUGAGCAAGUAGGAUUCGAUAGCACAGGAAAGUACAGUUCGUCCUCAUUUCAGUCAGUUUACCAUCUUCAUCAAGAUUUGAGUACAUAUUCACUGGAAGAUCUGAUAGCAGAAUGCUUGCAUGCAUUUCGGUUGGCAAAAUUCAUGGAGUUGAGUGGAAGAUACUUCGUUGAUGGUACGGGAAAACCAGUACCUGUGACUAAAGAAGAUUUUCUGGAAACCUGCAAGAUACUAGUCUGCAACUUUGUUAGGAGUGCAGCGAAUUCCUUUGGUGUUCCUGGGCAAAAGAUGGCAGCUUUCAAACUGUACCCAACGAAAAGUCUAGUCAACCACUCGUGUUGUCCUGUUAUGUCACACUCUUCCUUUGGUCGGGAGACUUUCGUUUAUGCCAUAAGACCAAUUGUAUCUGGUGAGGAGCUCACAAUUUCUUAUGGAGAUUACUUCAACACUGAAGUGAAGAGUGUAAGAAGUGAAAAACUCCAGAGGAACUAUAGAUUUGUGUGCAGAUGCCAAGCCUGUGAAGAGAACUGGCCAACAACCAAGUGUCUGCCUGCAAUUGUGUUGCGCUGCGAGUAUUGCAACAAACCACACUCCAGUGUGGAUGUGCAGUGCGAUGAUUGUCUGCCAAGAACAAGAAGUCGGAAUGCAGUCGCCAAGAAGGCGCCAAAACGGAAGCAGAAUUCUCAGGUGGCUCCAGCACUCAGGGUCUUGCAUCGAGUGGAGGGCAAAAUAAGAACGGGAAAACCCAUAUCUAAAGAGGAAUUCAGACGCCUUUGCGAGGCAUCAGAGGUGGCCUUUAAACAUUCUGCAAUGCCUUCCAAAUCCCUGGUGGGUUUCAUGGGGUCAGUAGAGGUUUGUGCUGAUGCUGGAUUGAUGUACACUGGGUGAAGUGACUGACUAGGCUUACCUUGAUACCACACUUAUGGUUAAGUGCUUCCUCCCACCUUUUAUUUUUAUAAGUGUCAUGCUUUUCUUAAGAACCCCUGGCCAAGCAGUUUUUUUUUUUAUGGGGUUUGUUUGAACUGGUCAUCCAGAUUGUUAAAAAAUAAUUAGUGGGUAUUUUGUUUGGUUGAAAAAACAAGUAUCGGGUAAUUUUUUUUUUUUUUUUUUUUUUUUUUUUUUUUUGAACUCUUGGCUCAGCUGUUUUUACAAAUAAGUAUUAGGUUUUUUAUUUCAACUUUUGAUAAGCAGUUUACUCAGUAAAGUUUUAAACUGAGCAAAGCAGGUUUCCUAUUCACGUGUAUUAUCAAGUAGCAGGUAUUUCAAUCUCUCUCUCUCUCUCUCUCUCUCUCUCUCUCUCUCUCUCUCUCUCUCUCUCUCUCUCUCUGUCUCUCUCUCUCUCUCUGUGAUUUUUGUAAGAAAUAAUAGAACUGAGAUCAAAGCUAUUGAAAAUGUAAAGGAUUAUAUAAUUGGUGCUCACUUGAUUAUAUAACGAUGAGGAAUUUUAUAUAUAUAUAUAUAUA